CGCUUUGUCCUCUGUGAGAAGUUGAAACGGGGCAGGGUAAAAAGAGACCCAGCAGGCUGUGCUUUUAAAAGACCGGAGGAGACUAUAAAACUGGUUUCAUACCCGCUGCUGUAAAGGAUCGGCACGAUAUGAGCGCAGACAGACGGAGGUAGGCAGAGCACACUCAGGGAAGGGAGGACAGCACGCAUUUCACACUCAGAGCAUUCAUGGUUCAUUUUUAUAAAGUCGGAUCUCUGUCACAGACAAGCGUGGGUUUAUGGGCUAGUUCACACUCAGCUCUAUUACACAUACAUCGGGGGGUUUUUUUGUGUGUGUUUUCUACUUUAGUGAAAAGGAUGAGCGUCUUCUCCAGUAGACCCGGCGCAGUUUGACACGUUUCCCGAGCUGGAGUCACUAAGCGGUCUGUUUUCCAAGCGGGGCCUCAUUAAAACAGUUCUGCUCUUACUUUUGAUGCCACGGAAAUGGGAUCGCACCAACGAGAGAGCGUGUCCGCGCUUUGCAGGAAAAGUUUGCUUUGGACAGUGCUGAUACUCUGGCUGAGCACGCUGGUUAACGGGACCUGGAAGACGGGACUUUACAAAACCUAUUCAGUCGGGACGCAGCUGAACAGAGACCAGACAGCAGCCACCCACAGCUCAGUCUACCAGAAAAGGAACUGGUGUCCUCAUACGGUCACUAAGACUGUGACCUGCCAGGUGCAGAAUGGGACAAUCCUCCAGCGGGUGUACCGGACAUGCCCCUGGCCACAGGGAUGUGCAGGAGGCAGCUACAAGACCGUGGUCAGACCUUCCUAUAAAGUGGUGUACCGCACUGUGACUUCCCUGGAGUGGAAAUGCUGCCCGGGAUUCAGCGGUGCUGCUUGUGAAGAAGAUGCAGGAAACCGGCUUGUAGCUCAAGAGGCAUUAAGAAAACCAUCUACUCUACGCCGGCCACCUGCACGCACGGGAGAAGCAAUCUCCAAUUGUCUCAACUGCAGUCGAAUCACUGCUAUGAGCGACAGGCUGAACACGCUGGAGGAGAAGGUCCAAUUACUCACAGCUCCGGCCUCCAUAUCGCAUCGCCACCUUCAGGGUAAAGUGGGAAUUGCUCCAGAGACCUCGUUACUGAUGGGGGCUGUGCCCGCUCAGGGAGCUCCUGGUGAGCAGGGACCUGCAGGUCCUCAGGGUGAAAAGGGAAGAGAUGGGCUUCCUGGCAGAGAUGGGAAGCCAGGGUCUCAAGGGCUGCCAGGUCCUAUUGGGCCUCGAGGUGGGGCCGGGGCAAGGGGCCCGUCUGGAGCCCCUGGAUCAAAAGGAUCCCCUGGACCAGCAGGCCCCCGUGGUCCAACAGGACUGCCAGGAGGGAGAGGUCUUCCAGGCCCGCCUGGCCCACCGGGGCCUCCGGGCCCUGCAGGUUCCCCAGCACCAGCCAGUGCCCGCAUCCCAGAACCAGACCACAAUCGUGGAAAAGACCCUUUCUUCACCAACACCUUCCACGACUCUCGAGGGAUACCUGUUCCAGGACCUCAGGGGCCUCCGGGACCUAUUGGUCCCCCAGGUCCUAAAGGCCCGGUAGGACCUCCUGGUCCAGCAGGACAAAAUGGAAAACCUGGAGUGCCUGGAACGCAGGGCCCCGUGGGGCCAAAGGGAGAACGUGGGGAGAGAGGACCUUCAGGUUACCCAGGAGAGAGGGGCUUGAGCGGCGAGCCGGGAGCGCCAGGACCAAAAGGAGAACCGGGAGAGAAGGGAUUGCCGGACAUUAGCUUGCAGAUGUUCCACAACUUGCAGGCAGACCUUGAGCUUCUGACUCGCAGGGUGACACUGCUGGAGGCUAUCAUCUGGCCAGAGCCUGAUCUAGGGUCUGGGGAUGGACCGUUUGGCACAUCCUCCCCUAGUUUCUACAGAGAUAAGCGAUCAGGUUCAAUUCCACAUCGACUUGCUUCUCCUCUGUCCUCCGACACCAAGGUUCGAGGAAAGUAGCCACCCCCUGGCUCAC